UGUCAGGAUUCUCUUGCACUCACUAUAUUAAUCAAAAGGGAUUAUAUUAGAUUAGAUUAGAAUUUAGAAUAGAAUCAACAUAGCUAGAAUCAGAAAAGAAAAAAUCAAUUAAAACCCCAACAUAUCUAUCCUUAACAGUAAAAAGGAAAGAAAAAAAAAAAAACAGAUUCAUAGUCUCUCUGUCUCUCUUUAAAGCUUUGUUUUUUUUCCCUUUCUCUGAUAAUGAAAACACUAGUCAUCAUGGAAACAAACACAAACCCUCAAGACCCUUCUUCCAAGAGACACUUUCACUGGACCAACAAAGUUGGAAAUGAAGAAGACCCAGAAGCUCCAACCAUGUCAAAAAUCAUAGAACAACAAAACACAAAAGAUGAUGAAAAACAUGUUUCAACACAUUCAGCCACAACAAGGAAGAAGCUUCAAGCAGUGGCAAUUUCAAGGCUUCGUUCUGUUCUAACUGUCUUUGGUAAGAACCGUUCAAACCUACCCUUUGGUCUUGGUUCACGUGUUGUUGGAACCCUUUUUGGAUACCGUCGUGGCCAUGUUCAUUUUGCUUUUCAGAAAGACCCAACUUCACAACCAGCUUUUUUGAUUGAACUUGCAACACCAAUAAGUGGUUUGGUUCGUGAAAUGGCUUCUGGGUUGGUUAGAAUUGCUCUUGAAUGUGACAAGGUUGUUAAUAAAGAGAAAGAAGGAGAGAAGAAAAGUUUGAGGUUGUUACAAGAACCUGUUUGGAGGACUUAUUGUAAUGGUAAAAAAUGUGGCUUUGCUAAUAGAAGAGAAUGUGGUGAAAAAGAUUGGGAUAUUUUGAAAGCUGUGGAGCCAAUUUCAAUGGGAGCUGGUGUUUUGCCUAGUGCUGAAGCUGGUUGUUCUGAUGGUGAAGUUAUGUAUAUGAGAGCUAGGUUUGAGAGAAUUGUUGGCUCUAGAGAUUCUGAAGCUUUCUAUAUGAUGAAUCCUGAUAGCAAUGGUGCACCUGAGCUUAGUGUUUAUUUGCUUAGAGUUUAGCUUCUGGCACUAGGGUUCUAAAUUGCGGUUGUAGUUAUGCUGCGAUCUUUUAUAUUUCGGUAAAAUGCAGGUGAAUGUGGCUGAUACCGAUAUGGCCGCAAUUACGGUCUUGAAAGCAUUGGCCUUGUAAAUCUUUAUAUUUCAGCUGCGAUUGUGGUUGCGGACCGUAAUUUAGUCUUGAAGCUUUCUUAAUUACUGUUUAGUUAAUACUUAAUUUUCACUUUUUAGUUUUUGUUCUUUGUGGACAUGAAUUACUAGGUUAUUCCUAUUCUACUUGUUUAGUUCUUCCAAGUUUUUUUCUUUCCUCCUCUUCUUCCUAGAGUUAGAGGAAGUGGGAUUUCUGUUUUUUAUUUUCCUUUUUUAGAAUAAGGUUGUAGGAUAGGAAGAAAGAGGGGAAAUUUGUGGCUAAUCAAUAUUCAAUACUUUACAGCUUGUUGGUGGGGUGGGUUAUGAAAGGUGUAUAUGUAUAGUUUUCUUUUUGAUCCUUUUGAUUAUUGAAAUGAAAUGGAUGUUAAUGCAAUUCAUGAUUGUCUUCA